AUGGGUAACUGGUCAUGUAUUGAUUGCCCCAAGUGCCUUCCUGGUUAUGGCUUGACUCCACAAUGUUACAGUAAAGUGAAAUAUGGUACCCGCAUUGAGUGCAAAAAAUGUGAGCUUGGAAAAACAUAUUCUGAUGCUCAUAAUACUGGAUCUUGCAUUUCAUGUGGAAUUUGUGCCAAACAUGAAAAAGUCCACCAUAAAUGCAAUUUGACAUCAAAUUCAGAGUGCGGAAAAUGUGACAAAGGCUUCUAUAGUGAAGGAUUAACUGGAGAUUGUAAGCCAUGUUCCUUUUGUUGCUCAUUUCUUCCCAACCACUCUGAUAUAAGCAAUAGCGUGAAAGAUGAAUGUAAAAACAUGCCAUACUAUCAACGAUGUGAUGCCAAUGUUAUCAAUUGUCAAGUACCAAAAUGUAGAGAUGAUCAAUACCUUGUUGUAACAAACAAAAGAGGUGGUGUGCGAUGUGUGAACUGUAAAAUUUGUCCAGCAGGAACAUCACCUUCUAUUCGAUGUGGAAAUGGAGAUAUACUAGAAAGUAUUGAUGAAGUCAAAUGUACGAGCUGCUCUCUUGGUGAAACAUAUUCUGAAAAGCCAGGUACACACCCUUGCAAGCCAUGCUCAACUUGCUCAUUUGGACAGAUAGAACUGACAACCUGUAAUCUGACACAUGAUAGGGUUUGUGGAAAUUGUGACAAAAGAUUUUAUAGUAUAAAUGGAACAGAAUGCAAGCCAUGCUCUGCCUGCUGUGGUGAUGAACAAGAUGUUCAAAUUCCAGAAUGUGUGAGACAUAAUAUGCCAAAGAGUAUGCAAUGUAGUUAUACUCAGAGAUCCAUCAAAGUAUGUCAAGAACAAAGCUCAACUGAGAUUGUCAUUCGACAGAAACACACAAUCACUACAACAUUAUUGAUUGUGAUGAUAGUAGGGAUAUGUUUUGCAGCCAUGGCAUCGGUGGGGUUGGGAUACUUGAAAUACAAAAAGAAUAGAGAUUCUCUCAGUAGAAUUUUCUAUACUCAGUUGCAGCCAUCUUUAGAGGAAGGUGAGGUUUCAUCAUCAGGAUAUAAUAUUUAAUCAUAUAUAGCUUAACUGAAUGUUUGCUUGGUGUGAUGUAGUCAGCACCUAGUUUAAGGUACCUGUGGUGAGUAAUAUUUAAUAUUUAAUAUUACUCCUUAAGCUUGUCAUGUUAUUUUGCUUUUUUUAGUGCCCCAAGGCCAGAGUCUUUUAAUGCCAUUGGAGGAGCCAAUAGCUGAUGGAGCACAGGAGACUUUAUCUUUUGAUAAAUCAGGUGUUUUAGUCCAGUUCAGGGAUGCAAAUAGUUUCUUCAAUGAUGCUCAAGGAAUAAGACUAGAGAUAUGUUGGGAUAUUAACAGUAUCAAGGUGCCACUUCAAUCUGGUGAAGUGCAGCUUAGCCCUGUGAUAAAAUUUCAUCCUUAUGGGGUGCAACUAUCCAAACCAGUACAGGUCAGGAUACCACACAGUGCCCUAGUGCUUUUUAGUAAUGGCUGGGAAAUCAAAUUAAAAAGCUCUAGACCAUAUAAUGAAUCAAUUGAGUGGAGGGAGGAAACUCUGUUUGAAGUACAUAAUAAUGAAGUCAGCUUUCAAGUGGAUAAUCUUAGCUCCUACGUAGUCAUUGGUACAUCACUGGCAAAUGACAAACCAACAAAGAAGCGCCUUCAGUGCGCUGUUUUUGGUGGAGAGGGUACAGUUGGUGUGGACUACACAGCAUACUUAUAUGUCUUUGAUGACUGUGAGGCAUCAUUAGAGGUACCAAUUAUACAUUUGUUUAUAGUCAAUUCAUACUUGAGUUUGUUUGAUAUAUUUGAAGGCCAAGGUGUAUGAACAUUAUUUUCUAAACAGAGAAGGCUUGUUUGAGGGAAUAAGUCUCAUUAGAGACAGGUACUUGUGGGUAAAUAUACUCUGCUAAACUGCUGAUAUGCUAGUAUUUCACUCCUCUUAGGAUGGAGAAUGUGAGCAAGCAUGGGAUUAAUCUGAAACCAAAAUAUAAUUUAUCCAUAUAACUUGCCUCAUAACUCUGUAACAUAACCAGUACUGGAUGAAAAACAGGAAAAAAAUGUAAACCACACAAUACUCAUAUGAAAGAUGAAUCUCAAUUUGUUUGUGUAUGGUUUUUUAAUCAAUAUUACAUGAUUGUUAGAACUUUACACUGUGAUUGCUUAAUUUAUAAACACAUAUUUCAUUUUUCCAGAAAAUCAUGCAAGAAGAGAGGUCAAAUGGAAGAAUCUUGUUAGGUUCCCCCCAGUCUCUCUAUGUCGAAACUGUGAUGAUCAAAACUGAUAUCAAGAUUUCUGUAAAAGAACCAGUUGAGGGGUGGACUGUCGGAGACAUUAAACCAGAGGUAACUCCACAACUACAGUUCACUUUCUCUAUUACUCUACUUUUGUUAUUUUCUUAAUCCUUGUUUAAUGGCCUCCAUGCAUGUAUUUUCAUACAUCCCUUUGAACCCUUUCCCACUCCUUAAUUUUGGAUAAAAGUGGUACUUGUAUUGGGUUUUGUAGAUGUUUUCUUAUUUAAAUAAGAAAUUACCGUAAAGGGAAGAAACCAUCAUUGUGCAUUAAAUGAUUAAGUGUGUUUUUCUGUGCAAUGGAUACACAAGAAUUAUAAUCAACUGAAAGUAUAUGUAAAGGUACUAGAUAUUUUCUACUAUGGAAAUGUGGCAGCUGUAAAGAAUGAAAAGUGCAAUUAAAGAAAUUGAAAGGGGAAGCAGUUGGUUGAUUGCAGAGGAUGAUAUGUAAAAGGACUGUUACUAUAUUGUACUAUUGAUCAUUUGUGUUAAUGUUUCCAUUUGUAAAUAGAGAAGAAUGAAAUCUAACCUGACUUAUUUGCUUUUAAUAACACAGAGUAUUACACAAAAGAGUGUGAAGGAAUCUUAUCAAACAAUACCUAAGGCAGAAAUACUUUUUAAACAUGACAAUGGCCGCAACAGAGAUUUCCUUUGUGUAUUUGAACUAACCAAUGAAGAAUCAACAACAACCAUUUGUGCAGUUGCCUCAAUUAAAGAGGUAGGUGUCAUUUUGAGGUAAAUUAUUAAUUUAAAAGUAUUAUUCAUAAAGCUUGAAAAAAAAUUGGCAAUUAGUUUAGUUAACAUGAUUCUUACUUGGAAACUAGAGCUUUUCUUCUUACUUAAACUUUUUAACUCUCAGUUUCUAAGACUUCUUGUGGGCAGUGUGUAAUUUGACUGAUGUGUAAUUUUGAAACCACAAUGCAAAAACAAACAUUAAGCCUCACUGAUAUCAAGUCAGAAGUCAAUGUUCCUUUAUUUUCUUUUGUAUGGGUCAUAGCAUGAUUAUAUGUAAUUUUAAUUAGUAGAUUGAUAAAUUUUGAAUGUUGUUUUUGAGUGUUCUUGUAGCUUGGUCUAACAUAAUUAUAACUGCCUAACUUUCCAUGAUUUUAAAAAUGUACCUAUUCCUUCAGGACCCAUUUAGGAGGUCUCAGGAGCAGCAACCAAGCUUCAGUAGUGACCGCCAUUGUUUAGUGACAGGCAGGAACUUGUGUGGUAAGGCCAUAUGCUGUGGCGUCAUUGGGCGUUCUAAAAUAACAUGAAUAUUUUUCUCAACAUCAGAUAGAGUUAACCCUUUAAUUCCCAAGGUCUAGUUGUUAAUUCUCCCCUCUAGCUGCCACACAUUUUCUUGUAAAGCUAGUAGGUGGGAAAAUUUGGUGUUAGAUCAAGAUGACAGCUUUUACCCAUAAAUUUGAGUAUUCUCAUUACCUGCUUGCUGGAUAAUGUAUGAAUACUAUAGGGAGAAGUAACAUGUUAAUCACUUCUGGGAGUUAAAGGGUUAAGUGUGUUUAACAGCCGUUUUUUGGUCACAUCGCGCAAAUGCGCUCUCCCCUCCUUUCUCCUCACAGUAUUUCAUUCUUCAUACUUUUUUUUGGGAGGGGGGGGGGAAGUAUUAUCUCAAACUGACUGAUAAUUGAUUAUUUCAAUUUAGUGAACAGUAUUACCUGUGCUACACUUCAUAACCAAUAAAUUUGUUUUGUAGAUCCAGUGAUUGUUAAUGAAGAAAAGGCGUCCCUUCGUCUUGAAAAACUCCCAAAAGAAGUUUUUCGUACUGUUUGCGUGACCCUGGAUAUGCCCCUUAAAGGAGUUGGCAACUGGCGACAUGUUGGAGCAUCCCUUGGAUUCAAGGAGCAAGAAAUUCAGCGUUUUAGAGAUGAGAUGUUAAUUCCUGAAGGAAGUCCUUGCAUGGUGAUGUUGGAGGCGUUGAUAGUCAAGUCGCCGCUUUUUACAGUCGCAGAAUUAGUGCAGAUCCUUCAAGCAAGAAAUAUUCAGCGCUUCGAUGUUGUAGUAAUCCUUGAACCUUAUUUAUACGAGCCAAUCCUUGAGGACAGUCUUGCAUGAAAAGUCCACUAAAAUGUGAAUUUACACUAGCACUUUUACGUAUAGGAUAUUAAUGAAAUUAAACUUAUAAUUUGGUUGUGGUUUAGUUUAGCAUUUGUAAUGAGAAUGUCUCUUAAGCUUUGGGAUCUAUGGUGAGAAAAAAUGAAAAAUGGAAGUUCGUAUCACAAGUUAAAUUUCCUUGAUUGCCGUCAAUUUAUUGCCAGUAGCACUUCAGUGAAAUACAGGCUAUAAUGAUAUUAUAAAUGCCUAGUAUGCAUAUAAUUUAGUAGUGUGAAACGUUGUACACUUUUCUGUAAGACCAAUGGUUAUGAAUUCAGAGUUGACAACUGUCCCUGCUAUGAUAUUUAAUAAGUGAAUAAUUCCCACAGUAAUGUUCCAAGUUAAGCAACUUACACACACACAGUAAAAUAUUAGUGCACUGCUUUUGAAAUUGUCCGCCUUACAUAUCAGCUGAUUUAAAAAUAAGAAAUAUUAAACAAAAAAUACGAAGAAAAAUUAAAACAACAACAACAACAACAAACAAACAAAACUAUGGAAAAAGAGUGAAAAUUGAAUAACAGAGAGAAACAAAAUUUCCAAAGCACGAUGCCUGAGCUGAAAGACAUUACUUCCUUGGGUCUUCUAUUUCUCCGAUAAAGUCCUUUGCAUUCAUAACAUUCCAUGAAAUCCUUAAAAUCGAUGUCUUAAUGUCCAAUUUAGACCACACUCACACAAAACGGGUCCUUUUAUCACAGCUGCUUUGUUUAUAUAUGUAAUUAUGGAAAACACACACCGCCGCAAAUUUCAUCCCAAGCCAAUUUUUGCCGAAUGGACUUCAGUUACCCUAAUAUUCAGAAACGCUGAUUCGUUAUUACACUCUUUGCUCUGAAUUUCGCCUGGCGGCGUUAGUGUCUCGUAUGAUUUUCGUUUCAUUUCUCAUGUUGAAGGAUCGAGGCUGCUAACUCUUUGCAAGGGCUGUCUAAACUUAUGCCCUGUCUCAACACACAUCAGAUGUGAAAUUUUCCUUGGGCACCGUUAGCAGUUGAACAGGGACGGUUUCAUUUUCAUUUUGAACGCCGCGCAGAAUAAUAACGACCUACGCGUUUUCUUUAAAUUUAAAGGUACGUGAAGGAAUCACAAGAAUUCUUGAAGGAAAAGUGCUGCGUUUGCGGUUGGGAAAAUCCCGCCAAUAUUUUAUCGGUUUCUCAGUCACAAGAAUAUCAUGUGAUGACAAUCACCCUUCAAUGAACUGAUCGCAUUUCAUUUGAUUGGUUGCAGGCGCACGUGAAUGAAAUCAAUGACGUAACGUUUGUAAACAAAACAGCUAGCGUAUUUUUACAGAACCUACGACGAAAGUCCACCGUCUUUCUUGUUGAAAGUCUUCGUAUUCACAUCGCCGUGAAUUUGCGAAUUCAGCGGAAGAUCUUUUUACAGAAAUGCUAAAUGGAUGUUUCCCAAGCAAGGCCUUGGAAUAUACAUUUUUAGCCGUCGCUUCCGUCGAGAUUUCGAACCCUCUGAAGAAUCAUGACGCAAUACGAGAAAAUGGUACAAUUUGUUAUUUCGUUUGCUUGUUUGUAACGAUUUCUCUCGCUUUUGGAUUCAGCAUGCAAACUUUUGAGCUUAACGCAAUAUUUUCUUUCCAAACGUCUUCUCUCUGGUACAGGAGGUUAGCGUUGAGAAGAGAUACGUCAUAAGACACCGACCACAACGAUCCCUCGAAGAAAGCAAUCAUUGGUCUUUUUAUCGAAAGGUGAGCGACUUUUUUUAACUCUUCGGUUCUUAAAAGGUCUGAUAUAGCUGAUCUAAACGUUAUCUCCUCCAUGUUGUGACCGUUUUAAGUCUGCGUAAUAUUGCAUGCUUUACUUACGUAGGCGUGUUGGAGGCGUAUGACGCCAUAUAAGCGAAUGUGCUGUCAUAAGCAUAUUCCUGUCAACAAAAGAUUACUCUUCUUCAUCUGAGGUUUUACAUGAUGUCGAGAAUGUUUCAAGCGAAUGAUGUUACGAUGAAAUAAGCCUAGGCUUUGAAACUACGCAUUCGUGCUUCAGAAGAGAUUGAAAAUUUAAAGCAGGGAAGGAAAUUGUUUAGGACAUAAGUUAAUUUUUGACCCAUUGUGCUAAAAAGUGCACAGUCAUUUAAAGCAAGAAUUCGAAUUUGACAUAUUCUUAAAUUUGCAUAUAAUUUUGAGUACAACCUACACAAUCUUCUCUUGAUUUUUAAUGGUGUUGUUUAGAUUAUAGUUAAGGAUAGUGGGUCCACAGCUGUUUAUAGUUGCCUAUUUGAUCAAUUUACAAAUAAUUGUAUGUUUGGAGAUAAAAUGACACAGGGAAUAUGGUUCAUUUUGUACCACAGAGCUAUCAAUUAUUGGAUUUACUUCACUAGUUUAAAUUCUGGUUACUUUUAAUUUUUGCUCUCAAGCUGCAUGAUAUUCUGUAUCAGUAUAAUAAGUUCAAUUUCAGUUAUCAAUUGUUCCAUCGAUAUCACUAAUAAGUGUUCCUUGUAUGCAUCAUUGUAUUGCAUCAUCUGCAUUUAAAGUAUUGUUCACAAAGUUAAAGGAAUGCCUUGAAGCAUAAUUAUUGCAUCAUCUUUACUGUCACUUAAAUUGUCUGACAUCGCCUUUUUAAGUUAAUUCACCUUGAAAUGUGUAAACAAAAGAUUAUUUUGUUUCAUCCAAGGUUUGCAUGGUAUUGAAAAUGCCUGAAGUAAAUGUUACAUUAUAAUAAGUCUAAGCUUUGAAAUUUCACAGUUAUGUUUAAGAAGAGACUGGAAAUUAAAAUCAGUCAAGAAUAUCAUUCAGGACAUUAAAAUUAAUUUUACUAAAAAGUUCACUGUCAUUUGAAGCAACAAUUCUAAUUUCAGGUAUUAUGAAAUUUACAUAUGAUUUUAAGAAAAAUCUACUUAAUUUUGUUUAAUUUCUAUUAGUUUUAGCUAGAUGAUAGGUAGGGUUAUAAUUAUAGUUAAGUAUUAUUCACGAAGUUGAAGAAUGCCUUGAACCAUAAUGCAUCAUUCUUUCUGUCACUUAAAUUGUCUGACACUUUUUGUUGUUGUUCCGUCUUGAAAUGUGUAAAUAGUUAAUUUUUUUAAAGUUUAUGCAAAGAAAGUGUUCUAUUAUUUUAAGUGUUAAUAAAGUUAGUUAAUUGAAUUUAAAUGUUGAAUUCAAACUCUGUUUUUUUGCAGGUUUUUGGAACAUUGCUUGUUGCUGGCUUACUUUUCCAUGUAACAUCUGCAAAGGUAUAUUUAUACAUAAUAUUAUAACUUUCAGUAAUAUAAUAUAAUUGCCAGUGAGUUGUGGUAUUGAAUGGGGUUAUAUGUGCUUUAUUUCAUGCAGAAGGAGUGUUUUGGGAAAUGUUUAAAGAGAGAGCAUGUUUAAUCUACAUGUAGCCAAUUGGAAAGAUUUAGAACUUUUAAUCACAUAAUUUCAUUAACAUCAAUAAUUUCACUUUCAAUUUUGAAAAAUAUUCAAAGACCUCAAGCCCUUAUGCCUUACCAUUAAUAAUCUUUUUUUUUCACAAAGUUAUCUUGGAAAAAAAUUGAUUUUGAGAAAUCAUAAUGAAAAUACUAUCAACAAUUGAAUGAGCUAAAUUUCUUAAUUUAAAUGAAAAAUGUAUAUAUCAUACAUAAAACAAAAUGUGUCACUAAAUACCAGUAAGUAGUGUUGUAAGUGAUGUCCUAAUAAAAGAUAUGCAGUCAGACUUUCAACUUGAGUAGACUGGUUAGUUCUGACUUGUUAUAACAUGUCAUCACAUACAUUACAUGUCACAUGUCUAAUUUAUGGUAUGUUUAUGAAUAAGAUAAGCGAGGCAUAAAUUAGAUGUUUUACUUGUAAAUUAUUCUAAAGGAGUUUUUAACUGUCGAUGAAUAAAGUUAUCAAUCAAUCAAACUUUUCCAGUUUAUUGCUGAUGGGGGGCAGGGGCAAACAGUCCCAUGCUGCAUGUUGCUUAUUUUAUUAUAAAUUAUUAAUUAUGUAUUUAUAUAUAUUUUUUCUCAGCAAGAAGGAGAGAUAUAUAUUCUCAGGGACCCUUUGAGCUAUUCCCAUAAAUUUUAAUGUUUCAAAGAAAAAUCUGAAUUGAGGUUCAAGUAACAUUUGCCUUUUAGCCUACAAAUCCUUGCAAGAAAAGCCAACACUGGGUUGAAAAUGCAGAUGGUCCACCACAGUGUAUAGAUUGUCAAGCUUGCCCUCCAGGCCAGACUAUCUUACCAGAAUGUGGAAAUUCAAAGCCAUUAACAUCUGAUACAACAGUGUUCUGUGUUCCGUGCCAACUGGGAAAGUCAUUUUCCAGUGAAUUUAGCACAUCUGUCUGCAUUCCUUGUUCAUCUUGCUCCAAGGACCAGGUGGUGAUGAAAAACUGCUCACGUCAAGCAGACACUGAAUGUGCAAAGAAAUGUUACAGCAGAGACAGGUACAUCAUGUAACAGCUGUACUUGAAUGGGGUGAAGGGAGGUGUCAGGGGGUGCUUGGAAUUACUAUAAUUCCAACUUAAAAUCUGAUUAACUACAGAAUUUUCCUAGUUUGGCUUUGAUUUACAUUUAAAUACCUGGCAUUUGUCUAUUGGUUAGAUAAUUUUAGUGAAACUAGCCUGAUAGAAAUUAAUUGUUGUUGUUCAGGGCUUUAAUGUUUCCUUAAUCAUGGCAGCAAGUGAAGCAGGGAUGGCACAUAGGAUGGUGCAAUUGGAGUUUUCUCCAGUCAUCAGGUUUUUCUAUGGGUCCUUCAGUUUUCCUCCCUCUGCAAAAAGCAACAUUUCAAAUUCCAAUUGACCUGUAAAGAGUAGGCCAUAGCUAGAUUGCCAUUUAUUUGAAAUGUUGGACAAAAAUUUUAGACAAAUCAAUGCUUCUAGUUUUUUUAAUUCUGUCAUUGACAUGAUAACAGGAAUGAUGACACAGUUGUUCAAUUUUCAGGCAAAAGGCUGGCUUAUAUGUUUUAAAGAAUGGAUAUCAUAAUCCUUGAAAAAAUGAGGGGGUUGACAUUUAAUAUUUUACACUAUCUGUCAGUCAAAAAAGAUAAUUUUUUAUUCCUUACUCUUCCCUUUGAACAGGUAUUAUGAUGAAUCCAAAGGAGAUUGCCUUAAAUGCUCCAGGUGCUGCAAUGAUGAUCAAGAUGUGGUGGAGAGUGAAUGUAUAGAAAAGUUGGGAUCUCAAUCAAGCAUGAUCUGCUCUUUCCACAGCAGUGUCAAUAGAUGCAAUAUUAAAUCAACCCCAACAUUUGGACCUCAGUCUACCACUGAAUCAAGUCAGAGUUCAGCUGCCACUACAUCAAGUCACAUAGUCACUGUAGCCUUAACUAAUACCAGUGCCAAUGUGGAUUACAGAUUAGAAAAUAUAACCCAUUCUGGGGUUUAUAGUCGGUUUGCUUCUAAUUGCAAUGACUCUUGUAAAUCAAUUACAGUCACUGUGGUGGUACUGUUUCUGGUAAUUGUGGGUGGAAUUUACCUAACAUGGUUUUGCAAGUUAUGGUCACCAAUGCAUAGUCGUGUUGAUCCAGGUAAAUCUCAGUCAAGAAUCUUACAUGUGGUGUACUAGUUGUCAGAGACAAAAUCAAUAUAUUAGGGAAGAUUAGGUAUGAUUUUUAUGUGACAAAAUCUGAUCCACUAAAAUUGUCACAAUUAACUGUUGUUGUGUAAUAUCUCCUGUACACGUUAAUUAUGACUUUGUGAGAAAAGAAAUUUUGCACUCUUUAACAAAAGUUAGGUGCUGUCUUUACAAGCAAUCACUAAUAUUAUACUCGGGGGAUUUUUGGAUGUGGUUAAUGCAUUACAAAUUACUUUCAAUGUAUAGUCAACAAUUUUUACCAUACUGCCAACAGAUGGGGAAACAAACAAGAAGAAAAUUGCCAAGGUUUAUUACAAUUCUAGAUCAGCAGCAGUUGAAUUUUGUGAACCACUGUUAGAGGUAAUGAAUGUAUGAGUUAGUGCCCAGGCAGUCCACUUUUAGAUGAGCAUGAAGUUCUUUAAUUUUUAACUUUCUAUUCCAGUUGGACAGAGAAAAUAUAUGGUAACCUCUCCCAUUUGAAACAGAAAUGUUCUGAAGUUACAGUACAUUUUGUAAAAAAAUGUGGCUCUGUAAGUCCUUUAUUAUCCAGAAUGGUUGUGUAAGUCAGGCCUGCAGUAAGGAAUUAUAUCACAGAAACACAAUUGAAAUAGUGCUCUUGUUGUUCAAGCCUAAUAUGGUGCAAUAGGGAUAAAAUGAGAAAUGGUAUAAAGUUAAAGAGGAGCAAAGCAAAUUGUAAAAUGGGUCAGUCUGACCCAUUCAUUAAUUUUGUUUCUGAAUUCCACUUUAUUUUAUUGUGAUGUCUGGAUGCCUGUAAUUAGUGUCUACUAGUGAGGGUGCUUGGCAAUUUUUUUGCUUCAAAACUAUACUUUUUUUAGGUUUCACCUUUAAUGGGUAUAGUUGUACUCGCUUUGAUAGCUUAUACAUGAUAUAAUUAUCUAUGCAUGAGCCAUUUAGGAUUUAUAUUAGUUAUGGUUUACAUCGUAGGGUGAUGGAAAGGUGUGUACAAGCGCUUGCCACAAUGCAGAACAGUUGGUGAAGUCAGGUAAUUAUUAUGCUUGUCAUGCCUACAGUCUCACCAGUUUGAAAAAUGUUAAGUAAAUGGACUAAAUAAAUUUUGACAUGUGAAAGGUGAAAAUUUGAGGCAGUAUUUUUACAGGAAAAAUGCAUUUUAAACAUUUGCAGAAAUUGAGGGCUGAGUGGGUGAAUGGGCUUGAUCCUAUUUUUAAGCCGCAAUUAAGUAAUUACAGGAGUAACUGCUACAAAAAUAAAAAUUCCAGUGAGAGUACCUGACUCUAAAGUUCCUUUGUAAUUUGAAGCCCUUAGUUGUCCCAAACAUGAAUUGAAAUUAAUUCAUUUUGGGAAAAUUUUUUUUUUAAAUUUUUGGUGUGUGUAGUAGAAAAGAAUAUAUCAUGUAAAUAGUAUAUUGAGCAUUAUAGUCUAAUAACAGUACCUUUACACGGGCUGUUACAUAUGGAUUCUCUUAUAUAUUUUGUCAUGUUCAAUCUGUGUUUCAGAUUCUAAGCCAAUAGGAAGCUUAUUGGACUCGAGUGAACUGGAAACAGUUUGCGAACUUUUAGACACGCCCAUUGGAGGAAAACUUUCCUAUGAGACAAUUGCUAGGUUUUAUGGUGCCAGUUACUUCAAAAUAAAAGCGAAGUUUCAGGAUGGAAAAUCGGAAGCAGUAAUUGCAUGGUUGGCAAGUGAAAGGCCAGAACUGACAGUUAGGGAGUUUGCUUAUGUGGUGGAGGAAAAAGCUGGGAGAACUGAUGCUGCUAAUCUGUUAAAAGCAUUUGAUGCAAAGGUCACCAUAAAAUCAACUGAUUUGUGAAAUAUGUAUUUAGUUGUUAUUUGACAUCACCUAACUCAAUAGUUUACCACUAAAAUUUCUUUGAUUUUUGUAGGGAUUAAGUUGAAAACGCGCACGUGAUUUGUCAGCGACUAUAGAAACAAAUACUACAGAGGGUGUAUGUUUGCUAAGAAUAUGAGAGACCUGAGAUUCUAUUCCCCAGGACCCCUUAACAUGAGCCCCCACUUACCAGACUGGCCUGUUAGGCAUAACAAAAUUUGCCUCCAUUUUGAAUGCAAAAUCUCAGCCUGGUUUCAAACGUAGCUGAGAUUUAAGCACUGUUACAUAACGUUGUUCAUAUGAGAAAUUUUAUUGUCGUUACUGUGUGAUUGUGACGUGGUUAUUUAAAGUUUCAUCCCGUUAACUGAGGUGUGGUUACUGAUAUGAGGUAAUUGGUGCAACAAUUAUCGUUCAUAGUUAACGUGUCCAUCUGGUGACGGGGAUACAACUAUUCUGCACAAUGCGAACACAGCUAUAUUUCUACAAAGAAAUAAUUUUUGCAAGGAUUUUUCGUAAUUUUAAUUUUCUAUCUUAUCAAGGAAAGGUUUUUUUUUCUAUUUUUUAAACUAAAAGUCUGAUUUUUUAAGAUUUAUUUCUAAUAGUAACAACGAAAUAUCUUUAGUUCAAUUUUUCUAUAAUAAAACUAUGAUAUCUGUUUUGAUAUUCAAAAUGUUAUUGUAAUUGUUGUCGAGUUAAGUAUUAUUUCUGUUACGUAUUAGUCUUUGUUUUCGUAUUAGUGACGCUUCGAUAUCAUAUGUCAGACCUCGUGCGUUGUCGUUUGCGGUAGAUAGUUUAACAAGAGAGCUUAUUGCGAGUGUUUCUGCGUUCAUUGCGACUCAUUCAGGCGUUACAGAGAGGACAAUCGGUAAGCUACCGUAUUAUUGUAUUGAUUUCCUUGUUUUCUUUUCCUGUUACCGAAUGUUGCAUUGUUAGCUGUGUUUGCGCUCGUGUAAUUAAUAUGUAUUCGUGUCAUAAAAUAGUUAUUUAGUUUCAGUCCUUUAGUAUCGCUUAGACUAGGUUUUUAAUUGUAUUUUAGUUUGACGGUUUUGGACAUCAAGUUACAAUUAUUACGAAUAAACUACGUUUGGAAUUAUAAUUUGUCUUUGGUGUCUCGAAUCAGUAUUUCGCUCGACGUCCUCGCAUUAAAUCCUGUGUAUCUUUGGGACAUUCCGACGUUGUUUCGACGCCUGGAGCUAUAGUUAUGUUACCUAUCUUGAAAGUCAAGCACCAUUUGCAGUCACUGCGGUAUUGAAGAGUGUAUCUUUUGUGUAGGCUUGAAUAGAUCUGUACAUGUUUAAAAUGUCUAUGUUAUCACGUGUAUUAUAUGUGCCCUAUCCCUUAUGGAUGCUGUCUAUAGAAAGAAACCAAUUUUUACUUUAUUCUUCUAUUCUUCUAUGUCCAGUCUUUAAAUGAACGUUGUGAAGGUUUUGAAGUUCGAAUCUCCCAAUCAGAAUGAAGAUCACAGCCAAGUUAUUUUAACUUAAAAGUUUUAAAUCUUUUUGUAAGGUGAAGAACACCAAGGAUUUUUUCGUAUUGUUUUAGAAUAUUUAAAUAUAUAGGUUACCAUAUUCAAAUUUUUGUCGUUUUUACUAACGGAAGAUAAUAUUAAAAGUAGCAGAUUUUCAAUUGAACUUUACGUCUUAAUUAUCAGAUGUUAAAUAAUUACAUGCAAUGUUUGAUUUGUAAGUAUUUAUGCGUUCAUUAUAUCUCUAGUAGCCAGUCAUUGUCAUGCAUCGAAUGCACCUGUAGAAAUAUAUUGAUAAAGACUUGUAACAGUGUAAGUCUUUUUAAGUAGAUGAUCACCUGGUGUCAGUUCACUUGGAACAUCUAAAAUCAACAAUGGUGUA